AUGAACAGCGUGCUGAAGGCCGGGUUGCCGCUUGCAGCACAUGUCCUCGUCAAGCGUGACACACACAAUCCUCACCGCCCAUCGCCAUCACCACCGCACGCCAGCAUGUCAGGCCGGAAGCGAAAGGCUUCCGAGGAGCCUGACAACGACCGCAUGUCCACCUCGCCGACCGCCUCGCCCUCCAUAUCAGGCCGCAAUCUGCCAUCGUCGAGCGCCCACCGCAGCAUCAAGCGAACGAGGACCACCACCGCGACCGGCAGACCACUCGCCCUCCCACGACUGCUCGAGACACUAUCCGCCGAGGAGAUGCGACAGCUUCUGCAGAAUGUGUGCGACCAGCAUCCCGAGCUGCAGCGGGACAUUGUCACACAAGCACCUCGUCCAUCCAUCGAGUCCACACUGUCAGUCCUGCGCAAGUACGAGAAAGCCUUCCAGGACGCCUUCCCACUGGGCACCCGACCGACUUCCGACUACUCCUACAACCGUGUACGACACCAUCUACUGCAGCUCAUCGAUGCAGUACGAGAAUACACACCUCACUUCCUCCCACCCCACGAAACUCAAGACAGCCUCUCCCUCGACUACCUCGAUUCCGUCACCAACAUGAUCCACCGACUACCAGACUGGGACACCACAAUGUAUCAGCGGCAUCAGGACGAGGCGUACGAUGACAUUGCAAAGGCAUGGGCGUUGGUGAUACGGGAAGCAGCGAAACGUGCAGGAGGCUUUCAACUACAGUUCGGCGGCUGGGACCACAAACUGGUGGAGCACAACCAGAAGAGCGGAAGCAAGAUGGAGGAAGCAGUCAACGAGCUGAAAGCAGCGCUCGGCUUCAUGCAAGCACCACAGACAACACAGAGCUCGCGCAUCUCAGCAGAGCGGGCGAGCAUACGGCAGCAGCUCUUCUCAGGCACCUACGGACAACAGCGUCAGCUCGGCGUUGGGCCGCCUAGUUGGUAG